CUCUUCCGGUAUUUCAUUGAUACGUAUGGCUUGUGUUGCGUUCAGGAAACACUUAAAAAAACAAUGAAAGUAGUAAAGAUUCCAUUUUUACACUAUAUUCUAAACUAUUAGCAAAUUGACGCCAUUGUUAUUGAACAUGUUGUAUUUUUCUAUAAUAGUAGAGGCAUAGAAACAUACAGCAUAGUCAGUUAGUCCUGAAAGCUAAAGUUUAGUAACAUAGAGGUAAAUGUAAUUGAGCUCAGAAAAUGCUAAACAAUCGCCCAAAACAGCAAAAAGCUAUAAAAAGAAACACAACUAACUUAUUUAUAAAUUAAGCAUGACAACACCAACAUAGUUAGUAGGAGUUAGUUAACUUAGUUUAGAAGUAAAAAAGUAACGUGCACAAAAAACAUAUUUUUUGUCAUCCACCCUACAUGUUAUGCCUUUUGACAAAUAACAACAAACAAAACAUCGAACAAACCUCUGCAUCUGUCAAAGUAGAGACCACUCUACCAGGGAGUAGGGUUAUGGAAUAAAAGUCAUAUUUAGGGGUUUAAUCAGGCAGCAGUACCAACAGUAACCACAAAGAGUCCCCACAGUCUGUGAUUUCCCCUCAAAUAUGUUUAACGAAUUAUAAUUCUCUUAAAUAAAACAAUUACAUUUCUUCUUUUACAUGUUGUCAAAUAAAAUACGCUGAGUGCUUUGAUAAACAGAAGCUUUAAGUUUUUUUUAAAGUGUAGCAAAGUUCCACAGAAUUAAAGUAAACAAUGUACGUUGGUUGACUUUUAUUUGUGGUAUAAGUUCAGAGUAUUUUUUAUACAAGUAUAAAAUAUGCUCGUAGUGAAAUGCUGGUGACACAAGGAAAAGGUACUACAGUGUUUUUAAUAUGCAAUAUAGCUUAUAUAUCUAAAUAAUACCAAUGUCUACACGAUCCUCAGGACACUGACAAUGAUCAUAAUUCUUUAGUGUAGAAGAAAAAAGAUUUGAUCCCACUGUCAGCUCAAAUGUGUCAUUGACAGAUGUAUGUUUGUAAUCUGUUCCUCAAAGACAUUACUUAAAUACACCAGAAGACAGAGCAGCAGCAGCAGCUGUGUCCAUGCCAUUUAAAAUAUUUAUUUUUGUGUUUCUGUGGGUGAGUACUACACAGUAGAGCUGUUAGAUAAAACAGUGAACAUGUUUUCUUUAUGCUGAGAACCAUGCAGGUGACGUGUCCUGUCCCUGUUGGCAGCCAUCAUUAUUUAUUGUGAACAAAUAUCAUUAUCCUGAGAAUUCCCAGAGGAUAAGCUAGGGGGCAUGGACAAUACUGUGGGCCCUGACUGUGUAUCAGUAUCUCAGUCUGUUCAACCACAACUCAACAAACCUGAAUUAGCCCUUUAAGGCAGGGGUAAGGUGAUUGCACAGUGAAUAACAUGGAUGGGGGAAGUCAGUGUCAGCAUCAGCUUCUUCUUCUUCUACUUCUCUUUAGCCUGCAGCUGUUCUAAGGCUGUUACCAAGCUGCAGAUUCUACUGUCUCACUCAGGUUAUUUAUAAAAGGUGUGGCUGAUAGUGGCCCUCAGGUGUUUGUUUCUUCUGUUACAACAAAAACUGUGACACGUGCCGCCCCUCAGUUUCACAGCGGCCAAAGUAAACAGACACAUAGUAAUGAAUUAAGGCAAGAAGAAGGAACAGAACAUCUAGAACAGCCCCACACAGCACAGUGUUCAUGCCCCAGUCACAGGACUAAAUAUAUGAAUUAGUUGUACCAGUGGUAAAUUACAACACAGUGGACAAAACAGUGAAGAAAAAAAAAAUCAAACCUGUCUUAAAAUAUUCAAAAUAUGAUUUUGGUGUAUUUGUUAAUUCCACUGCAGAAACAGACUAUAUGUUUUAUGUAAAUGUCCAAGGUAUUAGCAAGGUUCAAAAUUCAAAAGUUUUAAUUUGUCACAGGAUCAGUUUGUUUGUCACAGGAUCACUUGUAACUACAGGUAAAUGUAUUCACAACGUGCUCCAUAGACUUUUAAUAUUCAACAUAUUCAGCAUUAAAAAACAUAAAUACACAUCUGUAUCAUACAGUAUUUACUACUUACAUCUAUACCGUGCAGUUAGAGGAGGUAUAUGUGAAUGAAGCUUCUGAAGUUUUCAUAUGUUCACAUAGAUUCGCCCACAUUAACCCUGCCAACCGCAACUACUACUGACCUCACUGAGCAAGGAUGCACUGACGGCAUCUGACCACAAGGGCUGCGUCAACAAGACUGACGGACUGCAAGGGCCCCUACAACUGCAACAACUGUUACUGCAAUAACUGCAUGAUGGCAACGACACAUUCAGUUAAGUCAACUAAUAUGUCCCUUUGAGGGACGACCCAAAAACAUGUCCAAAUAUUGAGCAAUUGAACAAAUGCGGGACACCUGGUCAGUUCACCUGGUCUAGAUGGCACUGAGUGUGGUUCGUUUGGUCUCGUGUCAGGAAACUGGACCCUCCCCCAGAGCGGAUACAGACUAAUCAGAUGGAAGAAGGAGGUGGGGGGAAGAGGGAUUAGAGUUUUUUUUUUUAAAAUCAGCUUUCCUAUUAGUUGUAUGGUAGUCACUAGUUUCAAUAUAAAAAUGGUAAAAUUCAAUUUUUUCCCCAAGUCUUGGCGCGCCCUGCAUGACAUUUCUCCCGGCUGCUUUUUCUACGACUGGCUCUGAGCUGGAGUCCGUGGACGUGUAUGUCUAAAAAGAUGCCAUCCUUAAAGAAGCGCAGCGUGUGUGCGUGUGUGCGCAUGCACACACACGCACACCGACAGCGAAAAUAAAUCAAUAAAAGUGCUGACACGUGUGGUCAAUGUGUCUCCUGCCCUUUUCAUUUACAGCGCAUCUCCACCUGGAACCAGCAGCAGCCUACUCCUUUCCCUUCAUUCGUUAAGUUAACGUCGGUAUGAUCAUACUAUACCGGAAGUUAUAAAAUGUAACUUUCAGAGAAAAAGUUUUGUUUUAGUAAUUAUUCCGAUCCCACACUUCAAACCAGUGUUUUGACCAUCAAUUCUUUGCCUACCGUAGUACCCUCUCUUUAUUACUUUCAAUAAUGUAUUGAAUAAACAAGAUUUAAAUUAUUUAAGAAAUAACAAUUGCACACAGUUUGGCCACCAUGUUGUAGAGGCUUCUGUUGAAAAUGAAAAUAUAUAAUUUGCUCAGAGAGUUAAUAAUACAGUAAUAAUAUAUACAAUAUUUAGUGAUGAAGUGAUGAAAGAAAAUAAACAAUUCUGACUGAUUCCCCACAUUUAAUGCUUUGCAGAUGUAAGUGAAAACAAUUAUGCAUUUAAAUCGACAUUUUCUUGAAUGUUCUUACAGUUUUAGCAGCUCAACCAAUCUGAUGGACAUAAAUCCAAACACAUAACCCAGUUUAUGUGUUUAUGUGUGUAAUGUUAACUCUGAUAUUAAAUCUUAAGUAUUAAACCCCAAUUGUUAAAAGUGUGAAGUGAAUAGUUAGACCUGUCAUAACAUGAUUUUGUUAUUCGAAUCAGACAUCCUUUGUUUUAGGAUGUUUGAUAUCCGUUUGCUGGUUAGGCUUUCAAUUAUGGCUAAGAAACAACUGAUCAAUGUAUUACUCCCAAAGAACACUCACUGAAACGAUAAAAUCACAUUUUCUUCAUCCUCAUCUCGUGUCUCGUUUUAAGACUGAAUUCCAAGAACGAUCACUUUUGCGCUACAUAUUAGAGGCUUUUAUUGUGGAGAUCUUAAUAGGAAGUACAUUGUAUCAUCACUGUUGGUUCGACACUGGUGUGGCAGCGGGUGACUCGUAGACUGCGGCGACCGCAAUUCGGGCAACAUGGGAGACGGUGUGGAUUUUACUGUGAGCUGGCUGUAAAAGGAGCGACGGGAACAUGGCGGAGAGGUUGGAGUGGGUGGAGAUCAUCGAACCGCGCACACGAGAGCGCAUGUACGCCAACCUGCUGACGGGCGAAUGUGUGUGGGACCCUCCGCAGGGAGUUCGUAUAAAGCGAACAGUAGAGAACCAGUGGUGGGAGCUGUUCGACCCCAACACCUCCCGCUUCUACUAUUAUAAUGCCUCCACCCAGCGCACGGUGUGGCACCGGCCUCAAGGCUGUGACAUCAUCCCCCUGGCUAAGCUUCAGACGCUGAAGCAACAGACUGAUGGCACCAUCCCUCGACCUGCAGGAGGAGGAGGGGGAGGAAAAACAUCAGCUGAUAACAGCCCAGGGAGGAACAGUGGGGUCAGCAGAGAGGGCAGCACCUCCUCCUCCCUGGACCAGGAGCUGUCAGAGAAACAGAGCAACAGAGAGGAGGCCGGCAGAACUUCUCCCUUCAGGUGGAACACAGGAACCAAGGAGCGAAUGCUGAUCAAAGUGACAGACAGAGAACCCAGCUUCCUGGCCCAUCAGGGAAAUGGCUACUCCCCCUGUGACCCUCCCAACCCCGCCGUCCCCUCCGGAGGGGGCACCACCUCACGAACCAGACGAUCCUCUGGAGGAAACCCGACCUCAGAACCCGACGGUUCCCCGGUUAUUUACGCCGACCGCCGUCAGUCUCCCUUCCUGAAGCGGGCGGAGCUUGGCGGGACCGCUACCCACCGUCGCUCCUCGGCUGACUCCCAGCCUCCUUCGCCUCGCUACGCUUAUGAACCCCCGCUCUAUGAGGAGCCACCGUCGGAGUUUCAGCCGCCCCCCAUCUACGAGGAGCCUCCCACCGACAUGCAGCUCACCGACUCCUCCUCUUUCUACGGCACUGGCAAGUCUCCGGGUCGGAAGACCUCGGCCCCCAUCUAUCAUUCUCCCAAACAGGGUCAGUCGCCCUACGGCCAGCUGGUUCUGACCAGGCAGAAGUGUUCGGAGAAGACCCAGAACCUGGAGUACAGUCCUGUGGGGAAGGAGUAUGUCAAACAGCUGGUGUACGUGGAGCAGUCGUCUUCGAGCCCCCGCUUCAAAACCGCUGACCGUCUGCUCCGUUACGGUACCACAGGGGGCUACAGCGGCUCCUACGGGGGGUCCUACACUCUGCAACACAGUCAGUCUCUCAUCAGGGACCCCCGACUACUAUUGGACUACAGUGGGGAGGGAGGAGAGGCAGGCCAGAGGUUGAUUUAUGAGGACUCCAUAUCCUGGUCGUCCAAUCAGACCCACACCCUCUCCUCCUCCUCCACAGGAGGUCCUGGGGCUUUCUCACCGGGGGGCAACCGCAAACGAAAGAGUCGAAAACCCUCCCUCCCUCAGGAGUUGGCGUUCUGUGGCGGUCCAGAGGGGGAGCUAACAGGUACAGCGUCAGAGGCAAUGCUGGCCCAGGCCAGACUGGCGUGGGAGGCCCAGCAGGUGAUGAAACAGAGGAGCAGUUGGGAUUCGGGUCAGGGAGGCGGAGCGGGCCAGAGCGGCAGCUCCAAGGACGGCUACGAGAGCGACGGGGCGAUGCCCCUGCCACUGCCCGGGCCGGUGGUGAGGGCGUUCAGUGAGGAUGAGGCGUUGGCCCAGAGCGACGGCCACCACUGGAAACGUCACACGUUUGAUCGCCUGGGUUUCCCUCAGGCCCUGCUGGAGAAGAGUCUCUCCGUCCAGACCAACCUGGCUUCACCGGAGCCUUUUCUCCACCCAUCACAGUCUGAGGACCUCGGCGCCUGCGCCCAGUUCGAGGCCAGUCGAAAUGCCAGGAACAUGAUGCCGAGCGCCAGCUGUGGCAUCUUCCCAGAAUUCACCCUGAGGAAGCCGUCCUCUGAGACUGACAUCGAGAACUGGGCAUCUAAGCACUUCAACAAACACACACAGGGUCUGUUCAGAAGAAAAGUUUCCAUCGCCAACAUGCUGGCCUGGAGCAGCGAGCCAAUCAAGAAGCCUAUGAUCAUGACCUCAGACCGCGGGGUGAAGAAGGAGGCCGUGGAACUCUUUAAGCUCAUCCAGACCUACAUGGGCGACCGUCGCUCCAAGGCCGACCCUUUCUCUGUGGCUCUGGAGGUGGUGGUGAGAGGGUGGAGUAACCAGGGUCUCCGUGACGAGCUCUACAUACAGCUGUGUCGUCAGACCACCGAGAACUUCCGCUACGACAGUCUGGAGCGGGGCUGGGAGCUGAUGGCCAUCUGUCUGGCCUUCUUCCCUCCCACGCCGCGGUUCCACACGUACCUGGAGGGUUACAUCUACCGACACAUGGACCCCCUCAACGACACCAAGGGAGUGGCCAUCAGCAGCUACGCUAAAUACUGUCACCGAAAACUGACCAAAGCUGCUCUGACUGGAGCCAAGAAGGGUCUGCAGAAACCCUGCCUGGAGGAGAUCCAAUACGCCAAGAACGCCAUCUUCAGUCUGUCCAUGUUCGGCUCCUCCCUGGAGGAGGUGAUGGCGCUGCAGAAGGAGCGGUAUCCAGACCAUCAGCUGCCCUGGGUGCAGACCCGUCUCUCUGAGGAGGUCCUGGGUCUCAAUGGAGACCAGACAGAAGGUAUUUUCAGAGUGCCAGGUGACAUAGAUGAGGUGAAUGCCCUGAAGUUGCAGGUGGACCAGUGGAAAAUCCCCACAGGACUAGAAGACCCCCACAUCCCAGCCUCCCUGCUGAAGCUGUGGUACAGGGAGCUGGAGGAGCCACUCAUCCCUCAUGAGUUUUAUGACGAGUGCAUCAACCACUACGACAACCCGGAGGCUGCCGUCAACGUGGUGCUGGGUCUGCCCCACAUCAACAAACUGGUGCUCUGCUACCUCAUCCGCUUCCUACAGGUAUUUGGUCAACCUGCCAACGUGACCAUCACCAAGAUGGACGUCAACAACCUGGCCAUGGUGAUGGCUCCAAACUGCCUGCGCUGCCAGUCCGACGACCCCAGGGUCAUCUUUGAGAACACACGCAAGGAGAUGUCCUUCAUCCGGGUGCUGAUCCAGCGGCUGGACACCAGCUUCAUGGAUGGUAUCCUAUAGCCCCGCUCCCAACUGCACACACUCACAUUGACCCCUGGCCUCUUCUACACGCC